CGACGUCAAGUUUCCGUUCUACGUCUCGUUGUUCCCGCUCAGUGGCAAAAUGACAGACAGUUGGUGACCUAAUUACACAAGAAGAAAAAGAAGAAAGUGGCGGUGAAGGAUCGUUUAUCAUGUCCUGCAACUUCAACGGGAAGGUCGGUUUGCACGCACGAUCGCGACGGAACGAUAUGAAUUGUUGAGAGGGAUAACUCGGAAGAUGCAAUAUGGAAUCGUUUUUACAACUCUUUAACUCACAAGAUGACAAGAACAUGAGGACAAGGAAAAGGCAGUGGGACGAUUCGGAAAAUGAGGGAAAUGGCUUGUCGGACUGCGAGACGUCCAGUGUCGAAGGGGAUCAGGAGGUCUGCUUGCCACCAGAACCUGAGCAGGGGAACAUAGAGUACAAAUUAAAAUUGAUAAAUCCGUCUAGUCAACGUUUCGAACAUCUCGUCACGCAGAUGAAAUGGAGGCUGAAAGAGGGACACGGAGAGGCGAUCUAUCAAAUUGGAGUGGAGGACAACGGAAGGUUAGCGGGUCUGUCGAAGGAGGAAAUGAAGGCAUCCUUAAAGACGUUGAAGGACAUGGCCUCCAGACUGGGCGCUACUAUAAGUAUAUUACGUGAGCGAGUAGCCGCGAGUUCCGCAAGUAAGACCUUGGUGUCGCAAAGCAAUAGUACUAACAAUAACAAUAAUAAGGAGGAAAAGAAAGUCGCUGAAGUACUAGUGAGAAAAUUACGAAAGGAUGACAGAGAGGAUCAGGACAGUAUCGUAGAUCUGAGACUGGCGGUUACCGGUGCGCAGGAUGCUGGAAAGUCGACUCUCUUAGGUGUGCUGACGCAGGGCGAGCUAGACAAUGGUAGAGGUAGAGCGAGACUCAACAUGUUGCGUCACCUGCACGAAAUAAAGACAGGUCGUACGUCUUCGAUAUCACACGAGAUCAUCGGGUUCGACAGCGCGGGUCAUGUGUUGAACUACGCCGAGAUGGCGACUGCCGAAGAGAUAUGCGAACACGCCUCGAAAGUCGUCACGUUCAUCGACUUGGCUGGACAUCGGAAAUAUUUGAGGACAACGGUGCUUGGGUUGACAGGAUAUUCGCCGCAUCACGUUAUGCUGGUGAUAGCACCACCUCUGAACGAGGCGUCGCAGGAACACAUGGCUCUUUGUUUAGCUUUAAAGCUUCCUUUUUUUAUUGUCUUAAAUAAAAUUGACUUGGGAUUCUGCGACACGUCCGAGACAUUGGUUCAACUUGAGAACGCCAUGAGAUCACAGGGCUAUCCCAAGCAAUUAAUGCUAUUUAGUAAUAAUGAGAUACCGUGGGACUACACAUCCGAUGUGAUACCAGUAUUCAAUGUUAGUUGCGUCACCGGCGAGGGUCUGGAGGAGUUGACGGUGUUUAUAAAAAAUUUGGCUCCCUACGAAACGAAUUCGAUAGACUCGGACCCGGAAUCUUGUCUGUUUCAAAUCGACGAGACCUUUAGGGUAGCUGGUCUGACGCAACCAGUUUUAGGAGGAUUACUUGUUAAAGGGGCGAUAGCACCGGGAAAACGCUUGUUAGUAGGACCCUUGCCAGACGGAGAAUUUAGCCCGGUCAAAGUGGUUAGUCUACAUCGCAAUAAGGCUCCGUGCUGUUUAGUUAGAGCGUCGCAGAGUGCUAGCCUGACCUUGGCACCGCCGACAAACCGUAGCCCUCCUUUGCCAGCAUUUCGUCCUGGGAUGGUUCUAGUUUCUCCAUGCGAUCAACCUCACGCGACACUUUUCUUUCAAGCGACGGUGCUAAUAUUGUAUCACGCGACAGCGAUAUUUUCGGGCUUUCAAACGACUGUACAUGUGGGUAACGUGAGGCAGACUUGCGUCAUCGAGGGUAUAAUGGACAUGACUGAGCGGGGCUUGCAGACGAACGACACCGCCUCCGUGUUGUUUAGGUUCGUCAGCCAUCCGGAGUAUCUCCACGUUGGGAUGCGUCUGCUGUUCAGGGAGGGCCGUACGAAGGGGAUCGGUAAAAUAACGCAAAUCUUCCCGCUGAUCGGAUCGCGGAAUUCGAUGAAGUGAAAGAAAUUAGCGCAAUGUAAUAUAAUAUUCGAUAUGCCGUUUUCUAUAGUAUUUAUGUACACGUAACGUGAGGGGGGAGAAGAGAAAUACAUGAGUGUUUUAUAAAAGUAGGGUCGUACCGCUACUAAUGUUACUGGUGUGAUGAAACGGCUGAGUUUCGUUAUACGCUGCUCGGAAAUAAUGAAGGUAAUUGUUCUUCAUCGGUAUAUUUGUUUUGUACAUUUUUUUUUUCUUUUAUUUUUACGGGGACAUCCGCCUCGACGUAGAGAUUAUUGGUGGAAUUUUGUAGAACGGAUUUUCUAGUACUUUACCUAUUCGAUAACGUAAUCUACAGUAGAAAGCCGUUAAAAUGUCCAAAUAAAGCAACAGGAGAAUUCGCGGAUAACUAUAUAGACUUCUAUCCCUUCUAGCAAGACAGAUAGGGAACACGUCCCAUUCGAUUUGUCAAACAUUGGGAUCGAGUAAAUUACAUAUUUUUUGUUCGAUAGAGAGCGAUAAAUGUUAUCGAUUGAUCGAAAUUAAAAUUUCAAGGAUUUGAUUUUUGUUAUACGAUUUUAUUUAUAUUAUUUUGGUUCUUUGUUGAACAUGUUAAUGUGUUCAGCAAACACGCUGGAAUUUGGCUCGAUACGUAAACUUGUCGAAAAGUGUGACCGAGAUGUCGAGCAGUGUAUUAAUACGCCAUCGAAAAAGAAUUAUUUUUGCGUGUCACAAAUAUAGAGUUGAAGGUUUUAUUAAAAUAUGUCCAAAAACGGGACAAACAGUAGAUUUCUUUUUUUAGUUGUUUAAUGUACAAUUUAAUGGAUAUUUUUUAUUUUGGAAUUUAUGUACAGAGCUUAGAAUUAGUAGAAUUUUCUUGUUUCCGAAAGAAAGUAAAUUUUGUUUUGCAAUGGUUCGUUAUGUAGAAAAAAGUUAUUAACAACAUCAUCUUUUUUCUACGACUGCAUCAUACGCAAAAAUUGUUGUGCGUACUUAAAGAUUUCUAUUACAUUAUUUUAAUUAUUCUAUCUUCGAAUAUUGGUUUUUGAUAGAUUUAUGUGUAAAACUAUUGAUUAAUCUACUUUAUUUCUCGUACUUGUCGGGGCCGACAAGGAAGGAAGUAUUACUUCCUUCAGGUACGCUAUUUUUAUGUCUUUGAUGAUAUAUACUAUCGGACACGUAACUUGUAAAGAACACAACUUGAUUUAUUUUAUAUACUCUGUACAAUCCUUCGUGUACUUUGUAAGAUUACAUUCGCAAAGACUCCAAUUCUCGGUAACGAAGCGCGUUACAUGUAUAUUUAGAAAUUUCAAGAGAAAAAGAAAGAAUGCGAAUGUAAGGAUAAUCUUCGUUCUGUAUAUUAAUUACUGCUUGAAAAUAAAACUCGAUAAUACUUUAA